AUUUAAAGCCCCUCCCUCUGCUCCAAUCCAUGAGACUCAUUUUUCAAAUAUCUGAAUGCUUCCAAAACAGAGCCGGGUGUUUUUGGUCCGCCAUUUUUGUCAAACCAAUCACUAAUAAUAAUACAAAACCCAGCACCUGAAAUCCCACCUCCUCUGUCUCCCCCCAAAAACCAAAAGCUCCUCUCUCUUCUUAUACCCUCUUCUCCUCUAUCUCUCUGUUCAUUGCUUUCUUGGAGUGAUUGGACUGAGAAAUGGAAAGAAGCUUCGGGAAGGUGGUCAAUGCCAACGACAGAGACGAAGAGCUCGCUCUGUUUCUCGAGAUGCGGCGCCGCGACAAGGAUAAGGAGAAAAAUGGAAACUUUCUGCUGCUUCCGACCAAGAACGGCGGCGGCGAUGAGCUCGAUGCUGCUGCUGCUCCGAUUGAGUAUGAUAAGGCGAUUUACAAGUUUAAUGGGUCGGCGGCGCCGGAGCGGAGGAGUAGAGUGGAUGAGUUUUUGAACUCGGAGAAUGAGAAAUCGGACUACGAUUGGCUAAUUACUCCACCUGCUACCCCAUUAUUUCCAUCCUUGGAGAUGGAACCACAAAAGACUUCAGUUAGUCAGAUUGAGGAACCUAAUGCGCGUGAUUCUGCUCCUCCAAAAUCUAGGCUAGCAAACACAAAGUUAGAAACUGCUUCAGACAGCAAAAUAGCAUCUAAGGAGUCAACAUUGCUAUCACGACCGAAUUCUUCCGGUACUAGUAACAGGAGGCCCUCACCAUCAAGAGGGCCAACAGCUGCUCCUCGUAGAUCUGCAACACCAACUGGACGGCCCAUCACAUUACCUUCAUCAACCAAGCCAUCAAGGUCCUCCACACCCAAUUCACGAACCACCUUACCAUCUGCUAAGCCAGUGGCUCCUCCAGUGAGGUCCUCAACUCCUUCUAGAUCCACCACGCGUUCUUCUACACCAACUGGCAGAUCUUCUGUCCCAGCGUCUAAGACAACAUCAAGAUCAGCAACACCAACUCGCCUACCAAGUUCGUCAAGUACACCUGCACUGUCUGCUUCUCGUGGCCGUUCUUCUUCAGUAUCAAAGUCAGCUCCCCCAAGUUCAAAAAAUCCUGUGCCAUCACGUGGAAGUUCUCCAACAGUAAAAUCUAGGUCUUCGAAAUCCUCAGAUAUGCCUGCUUUCUCACUUGAUGCUCCACCAAAUUUGAGAACCACUUUGCCACAAAGGCCAAAUUCAGCCUCUAGGGCUCGUCCUGGGGCACCAAGUGUUAGAUCAUCUUCUGUUGGAGCUGUUUCUAGUGGAAAACCUAGACAGCAAUCAUGUUCACCUUCUAGAGGAAGGGCUUCACAUGGCACUGCCAGUACUAAUGGGUACUCUCGUCAAGUCACAAGUAAAUCAUCUCCCAAUGAUAGUGAUGAUGUAAAUCCUGUACUUAUGGGGACCCAAAGUGUUGAGAGAGUAGUGAACCAGAGGAAACUGGCACCACCAAAGCAGUAUGACCAUUCUACUCAGAAGAAUCCUGAUGGGAAGUCUUUGUCCUCUGACAGCUUAGGCUUUGGAAGAACACUUUCAAAGAAAUCCUUCGAUAUGGCUAUGAGACACAUGGAUAUAAGGCGAAGCGUGCAAGAUAACCUACAUCCUGUUCUGACAAAAGUUCCAGCCUCCUCUGUGUACAGUGUCCGGACAAGACCAACAAAAAGCAAGACUACUAAUGCUACGGAUUCUCCUCUUGCCACAUGCAGCAAUGCUAGCUCUGAACCAAGUGUCAACAAUAUUUCUGCAUACUUUGAAGGUUGUGAAAUUGAGGACAUUGAUCAUGGAAGUGACAAAGGAAACUCCUCUCCUGCAUGCCAGCAAGGCAGGUGACAAUUGGUUCUGGAUUUUUGGUUUUUAUCCAUUGUCAUUCUCCCACCAUUGUUAUUUUACGAGGUUGCCUAGUCUACGUGGUAAUUAAGCUCAGACAUCCCCGAAAGGAGCUGAUGGUAGAAGGCCAGCUAAACUACUGUAAAUUUUAAAGAACUACGUCCGCGAGUGCAUGUCUUUCUAGACCUGCCACUAUGUUAGUGGAACAAAAAUCAGGUACAUUCGAUCGGUGAGCCAUAUUUUGGGUCAUCUGUUAAGCUACUUGUUAGCAAUGAUUGUUUGUACUAGAUUAAUUAUUGGAAAUUGAAGAGCUCCUUCAGCUUUUACA